GGGACGAAUGGAGGCGGAAGAGAAAAAGGAGUCAAAGGGGUGGUUCUGGUCAUUGAUCUCGAGGGGCUCAGUAGGCGAUGUAGACAUUUUGAGCACGCAUCCAGCGUCUGGGAAGCGAGUAAAGACAAUGGAAACACAAAUACCCGAGGCACUGGCUAUUCGAGCUGCCUCCUCAGCCUGUGCCCACACACUGGGCCCCGAAUUCAAUGAGUUCCGGAUGACUGCUUUUGGUGCAUAGAUGAACAUCUCGAAGGAUUCAUAGUGAAUGGGAUAGAAUUCAGCUCCUUCAUCCCCUGACUUGCUUGUGUCCAUUUGCGGCUAAUCGAGUAU